AUGGUGGAAGAAUUUCUCUGUACACACCGAAAUGUAUCGAUCAGUAAACAUGUUACAACGCCACCGUUGGAUCCAACAAAUUUUAAAUUACAAAGAGCUCUGUUGGUCUCCAAAUUGUCUCGUUAUGAAUUCGAACAGCUAAGGCACCCGAAACUAAAUCCACAACAACUGGAGGCAAAGCUGAGAGAUCGUGGUACUGAUUUCGAUGCUCUUAUGUAUUUACAUAAUUUACACAAAGAUUUUGAACGUACCAUUGUGAGAAGUUUUCAAAAUGUUGGAUGUGAGGUGAAACUGGCCAAUCGAGUCGAAUUUAGAAGCUCUUUAAGCAAGGAUAUAAUGCGUUGGGCUGAUGUUAUUGUGCCAAUAGGAGGUGAUGGUACAUUUCUACUGGCUGCUGGUCGUGCCAGUCCCCUAUUUGCCCAAUCACAACAAAAGACACCGAUUGUGGGUUUCAACUCAGAUCCGCAACGUUCUGAGGGUCGUCUGAUGCUGCCCAAACAUUAUUCAGAGAAUCCUGCUGAUGCUGUGGCCAAAAUUAAAAGUGGCGAUUUCCAAUGGAUGCACCGUUCCCGUAUACGUACCACCAUUUUAGGCAAUAAUGGCCAUAUACCCGAAUCGACAGAUCUAUAUCGUCAUUGUGUCUCUAAGAUGGAACAAGAAAAGACUGAACCUCAGUAUUUGAGUAAAGAAAUGGCGAAAAAAUAUAAAGCCAAAAUGCAUCGUGUCCUACCAUAUUUGGCCCUAAAUGAAGUAUUUAUUGGCGAAUCGCUGUCGGCUCGUGUUUCACAUUUACAACUGGUUGUGGAUCAUCAGAAUGUGGUAAAUAAAACUAAAUGUUCGGGGUUGUGUGUAAGUACAGGUACCGGUUCCACAUCGUGGCAUACGAGCAUAAAUCGUGUUAGCAAAAAACACAUGGAAGAUUUAUUCCACAUCUUGCCCGAAUCGGCAAAGCAAGCUCUGAGCGGUAUCAGUAUCGAUGAGUUGGUGCAACAAUAUAAUCAGAAUUUACUUUUCCCUCCAGAUGAUCCUCGCAUUUGUUACUCGAUUAGAGAACAAAUUUGUGUAGGUGUUUGGCCUAGCCCUAAAGAUUUUGAGUCGCGGGGUUUUGUUAAGAAUUUAUUUGUGAAAUCUCGUUGCAUCGAUGCAAAUUUGGUUAUAGACGGCAGCAUUUCAUAUCCCUUCAACGAUGGUGCCAAGGCUUUACUAGAGAUUCAUCCCGAAGAUGCUUUAUUAGCCAUUAGUUUGGACUGAUUAUUUUGUACGAUUAUAAAAAAAAAAACAAA